GAAACCUGUUCUACAGACAAGGAUUCACAUACGAUUAUGUUUUCGACUGGAAUACGUUAAAAGAUGUUGUUGGUGUUGAGAAAAGCUGCCUGAAAGCAGAGCUCUCUACCAGGCAACUAGACAGCCUAGAUAACCUUGAUAGUUGCAGUAACAAGCCGAAACCAGUGCUUAGCUGUGAUAUAUUGAGUGAAGAUUGUGCUUCGUCGACAUCUCCACUCCAGGAGAAGGACCCUGCAGCUUUAAGGUUGGAAGGGAAGGGUGAUACGGAGAACAUGAACACCAGGGACAAGGACAGGGAGAAGAAGAAGGGAAAGGAGAACCAUUGCAGUGUAGCAGAGAUCCCUACAGCAGGGACUACUACAGGAGCAACUUCAGCUGUGGCUGUCACAGUAAAAGAUAGACAUGAGAAUGAACACAAAGUAGCAGAGGAAUUAGUAGUGCCUGUAAGUAACGGAUGUAUUACAGAGAAGACGACCUUAUCUCCUAAACCUCCGCAGAUUAUCAACUCACCUCCUGCAUUCCAUUUAGAUACAAACCUCAACUAUUCCAAUGCCUUGGAUGUUCCAUUUGUGCAUGGAGUAAACGAUGCACCAGUUAUUAUAUUAACUGGAUGCAGUCCUUUACCUAGCGCCUGUCCUGAAUUAAACAGUCUUCAACCUCCUAAACUUCUUAAUCCACAGCAACAGAUGAACAACAUCAACAUCAACAACAACAGCAACAACAAUGGCAAUCUUACCGCUUCAAGCUCAGUCAAAACACUUCAAGUGCUUUAAUAUAGAAUUCAUACUGAGUUGUGAGUACAAAAUAACCUGGAAAAUUGAAAUUAAGUUUUAUGUUAUUCUUAAAGGGAAUGUUCUGUAAUUUUGUUAAUUAUUUUAAAGGUCUUCCCGCAUUUUCGUUAUUUGUCUUCAUUACAUUGUAUUAGGUUUUUUUAAUAAUCGAAAUAUUUGAUACUUUCUGGCUUUUUUUCAAUGAAAAUGGAUUUGUAUAAUUUCAUUUCUUAUUUUUCAUACUCCGAGGGUAGACAACAAAAUUUAGGUCUCAGAAACUAUCUUUUCCCAUAAAAGUUGUUUGAUUAGAGUGUUUAUAAUUUUUUUUUCCAGCAAAAAAUUUACCUUUUUAAUAUUUCAUGCUUGAAGACUUUCAAAAAUGUAUUAAAUUAUCUUUUGGACGAUUUUGACACCUUUCUAAUUUUUGCAAUCCAUUCAUUUCAACUUGUUUUUCUGCAAUCAAAUUUUUGGUGAUGUUUUGGUUUACUUUAUUGAAAAAUAAAUCAUUGCUAUUUAAGAAUAUCAAAUUAUUGUAAAUGUAAUUAAAUGUAAAUCGAAUUUUAAAGGUUUGAAAAGCUUGAUUUCUUUUUUCUGCCAUACAUGAAAUAUUUUCAACUGAGUAUGAAUCUGUUG